AUGGCAGGGAGCAAACUUCUCGUCUACCUCCUCCGCCGCGACCUCAGAGCCACUGACAACCCUAUCCUUCACCACCUGGCAACUGCUGAUCAUGGCUUCACUCACCUUCUCCCCGUCUACGUCCUACCGCCUCACCAGAUCGAGGUCUCUGGCUUCCUUACCGAGAACCAAAAGUCUCCCUACCCCAAGGCCUUGAGUCAGGUUGGCCGCUUCUGGAGAUGUGGUCCGCACCGAGCAAAGUUCACCGCAGAGUCAGUCUGGGAUCUAAAGGACAGCCUGGAGGAUCUGGGCAGCGGGCUGGUGUUGCGUAUUGGCAGCUUCUCCGACGUUGUGAGACAGCUAAUCCAAGCUCUGAACGACAACCACCACUCUGUUGAUGCUGUCUGGAUGACUGAAGAUGUGUCAUCCGAAGAAGUAGAUGAUCAGGAUGCUGUUUCUGCUGUGUGCUCUGAAAAGAGCGUUGGCUUCAAGCUGUGGCGGGAUGACAAGUAUUUCAUCGAUGACAACCCAAAGGAACUCCCAGAUGUCUUCACCUCAUACCGCAAGACCCAAGAACCCCUCCGUGAGCGCCCUCGUCGGUCCCUCCCCCGCCCCCAGGCCGGAUCUCUCCCUCCUCUCCCUCCUUGGACCCCGCCCCAGGAUGCUCCCUUCCAAGUGCCGGACACCUACGAGGAGUUUGAGCGUCGACUCCUGCAGCCCAUCGACUACAUGCUCGCCAACCCCCCUGUCCUGCCCCAGGAUGCCAAGUCUGCGCACCCCUUUGACGGCGGUGAAAGCUUCGCCUGGGAACGUCUUCGACACCUCAUCAGGACUGGCGGCAUGUGUACGUAUCAAGAGACUCGUAACGGACUUCUUGGAAAAGAUUACAGUACCAAGCUCUCGGGGUACCUGGCUCUGGGUUGCAUCUCGGCUCGUUCCAUCCACGAGGAGCUGUUGAAGCUUGAGGAUGGCACGGAUCAGGCCUAUGCUCGGGCUAGAGGUUUUGACAGAGGCGAGAAUGAGGGAACCAAGGCUGUACGAUUCGAGUUGUUGUGGCGAGACUAUAUGCGGCUGUGCACCAAGAAGUUUGGUGCCCAGCUCUUUAGAGUCUCAGGCUUCAAGGGGGCCACUGGUCAGUACGAGAAGAAGUGGAAGACGGCUGACAAGAAGACGGCUGCUAUUGACCAGGAUCCUUCUCCUGAGGAGGUCGGAACAAUCAUUGACAGAUUCCUCGAGGGCACAACUGGCAUGGGCUUCAUCGAUGCCUCACAGCGAGAGCUUUACCACACGGGAUAUACCUCCAACAGAGCCCGACAGAACGUCGCCAGUUUCUUCUCCAAGCACCUCGGCAUCGACUGGCGCUAUGGAGCAGAGUGGUACGAGAUGAUGCUCGUCGACUACGACGUGUCUUCCAACUGGGCCAACUGGCAGUACGUGGCAGGCGUGGGCAACGACCCUCGUGGUGACGCUCGCAUCUUCAACCCCGUCAAGCAAGCCUUUGACUACGACAACAACGGCGCCUACGUGCGAACCUGGGUGCCAGAGGUCAAGUACAUUGAGAAGCUGGAAAAUGUUUUUCAAGUCUGGACCACGGAUGAGGAGGAACUGCUCAAGUACGGCAUCGUCGACGACAUCAUGGUCACGCAGCCUGUCAAGAAGAUUGAUUUCCAGGUCGAUCGCAAGCCUCGAGGCCCACGGAGACCCUACCGCUGGAGACGAGGACCUGGACGCGGUGGUCGUCGCGGCGGUGGUGGUGGCCAUUCGAGCGGAUCAGGGGACUACUCUGACAUGGGUAGACACAACGGGGGACCUCCCUCUCCCGAGAGCGAUCGACAGUUUUACAACGGCGAAGCAUCCUACAUCCAGAGCAACCAACACCCUCACGGUGGCUGGGCUCCCGGCGGAAACCAAGCCAUGUCCUGGCGAGGCAAUUCAAACGGG